GUAAAGCUCAGAGUUGGAUUCGCAUGAUGAGCACACAAAAAUUUUACUCUCAACGCUCCCAAGCCAAAGCCAUCAUCAUUCAUCACCACAUACCAACACACAGUACACACAGUGACAGUACAGAUAUGAAUGGGUUUGACUUUCUGCUGAAUUGAAGUGAUAUUAUGAUAAUUCGUUUUCUUUUUGGGGGAAAAGUUCUCGUCCACUUUUCCUAUUUCUGAGUCUGACUUUGUUUUGUGGAAGUGAAAUUUCUGGAAGCAGAAAAUUCAAUGGAGCAUCUGCCCUCUGGCUAUCGCCCCAAUGUUGGGGUUUGCCUCAUUAAUGAUGAUAAUAAGGUGUUUGUGGCUUCUAGAUUGAAUGUUCCUGGAGCAUGGCAAAUGCCUCAGGGGGGUAUUGAAGACGGCGAGGACCCGAGGUCUGCAGCAAUCAGAGAAUUGAGGGAAGAAACUGGGGUAGUAUCUGCUGAAAUAGUGGAUGAGGUUCCAGAAUGGUUGACUUAUGACUUCCCCCCAGCUGUGAAAGCAAAAGUGAAUCGUCUCUGGCGUGGCGAAUACCAUGGGCAGGCACAAAAGUGGUUUCUCAUGAGAUUUACAGCAGACGAGAAUGAAAUUAAUUUAGCAAGUGGUGAAGCAGAGCCAGAAUUCUCGGAUUGGAAAUGGGCUACCCCUGAAGAAGUCAUUGAGCAGGCAGUGGACUACAAGAGGCCAACAUACAAGCAAGUUAUGAAAACCUUCCGGCCUUAUUUCACUGCAGGAAAAGCUACAAAGUGCCAUUCAACAAAAUGGUGAAAUUGAGUGUUGCAUGGUAUGAUGCAGUUUUUCUUUCUACUUUCUUUCACCAUUGCCUCGGAGUGGUUCUAGUUGCACCUUAUGGAAUUGUAAAGUUUUGCCAGAAUUUAUGUAAAUGUAUAUGGGAGUGAAACUUUUAGAUGGAGUGGUUAUUCCUUGUAAAUUCGUCAAGAAUCUUACCCUUUUCCUGUAGAAUCUUUGCCAUUGAAUGUUUCAAGCUGUAUGGUUUUGGGGGCUGAUAUCAUAUCAUGGUCGUGUUGAAACUGUAAGGAAGUCGUUCGUACUCCUAUGUAUGAGCUAUAUACCCUGCUGAGAAUUCCUCUACAUUUUGAUGUCGAUGA